AUGUUAGACAUAAUCAUUCUCCCGUCGUUGAUCGUUGUCGGUUUCGUGCUUCAUCUCAUUCUCAAACGAACAGAAAUAGGCCGCCACUGGCUCUUGCCACGCCUUUCCCCAACAUCAGAUGCCACCAAGUCUAAAUCAUCCUCCACAAGUCUCAAGUAUGAACGACCUCCUAGCCGACGUCAUGCUUUGCCCGGCUGUAGCUCAUAUGAUGCCCGAUCUACAACAAAGCAAGACUUUCGACAUGACCAACCCCUACCGGACAAGCAAUCAGUCAAUCCAGCUAUUCACCAGGACUGCUUCACACCGACUGGCAUUACACGCCGUGAGAUUCAACAGCUGAGAGACUUUCCAGACUACGCCGGUCUAAGCGGCGUUCCUCUUCCAGACCCUUGUCUAGAAUUCGACAUAACAAAAGCAAUGGCACGUCCAUAUCGUCCUUUUAGAUGGGUUUAUCAUCAGACAAUGUCAUUGCAAAAGCUUGACCCGAAUUGGUGGCUUGAGUUAGACCGCAACUACAUUGAAACGGUCAGACUUCGCAAGGAACUCUUUGAGAAACAAGGAUCGGACGUCCUGCAAGUUCUUCCCGGCAGUGAGCUCGCUGCAAAAGAGUUGAUGGAGAUGUGUUUGCAGUUCCUCUGCGCACGUUAUCCUCACUACUUCCAACUUUCAGAAUGCAAUACAAUAUUCCACAAUCUGAUAUUACAGACGCAAACACAUCUCCCUAGCACCUCACCUUUUGACGUCCUUCUGGAGAACAUUCCCGAGGAUUUUGCGAUCAUGCUCCGCGACCCUUCCACAGGAUCGUAUACCUUCCGAGCUGGCAUCAUCAUGAGUAGUCUGGGCUGGACAUUGGGAUCCAAGAUUGGGAAGAGGCUGGAUGAAGUUCAUGGGCCGGUYCCGGACUACAAGGCGAGAAUGAGUGCGUCUAUGGAUCGUUUCUUUGCAAAGAUGCCGACAGAUAAGCCGAUACAGAGGGGGUCUUGGGGUAUUGAGGUGGGCAAACCAUUGUUUAUGCCUGCUGGGCCUGAGCGGGAGGGCUUGAAAGCAAAGCAGAAAUUGGACAGGGGAAUCGAAGACAUGCAUUUGAGAGUUGAUUGGCAGACAUUGAGGAGGCUGCCGUUGUCCGGAGCGGUGGUGUUCAAUUUCAAGGCUCUGUUCACGCCUGUGGAAGAGUUCAAAGACGAAGCGUAUGUACCGACGCUGUUGUUAAAGGUGCUGAGAGAGGGAAAGGAGAGCUUGAUGGAGUACAAGCGGAAUUGGUGUACUGAGCAUGUGGUGGUUCCAGCGUUGGAAGAGUAUGAGAGGGAGCAGAUUGACCGGGGCAUUAUGGAGGAGGAAUGGGAGCCUUGUACGUUGGAAGAAAACCCAUUCUUUCCUGGUUGGCGGGAGAAGUGGCAUCGCCAGCAAGGGUUUGUGUAG